UUUGUGUGAAUUCCCGAGCGCGGCGGGGGCCGGGCCGCUGGGGCCUCGUCUAGGGCGGACGGGCGGGCGGGCAGACAGUCGGCCCCUCUCCGCAGCCCGUCCCCUCUCCUCCCUCGAUUUUUAUUUAUUUUCCACCACCCCCCUUUGCUCGCUCUCCUCCUUCCCCCCUUUCCCCUCCGCUUGCUCCGUGGCGCGCGGUCCGCGCUAAUUACACCCAACCACCCACCAGUGUCCGUGCCCGCCGGGUCUCCGGGCUCGGGGGCCCGCGUGUGAGCGUGUGCGUGUCCGCGUGUGUGUGUGCGUGUGUGUCGGGAGGGAGCCUCACGCCCCGAUGAGGGUCCCGUGCCCGUGAGCGAGCGAGCGAGCGAGCGAUCGCAGGGGCCGGGCUGCGGAGAAAGCAGGCGGCGGGCGGCCCGCCUCGCCGGCCGGGGCCCAGGCCGCGCGGCCUCGGCGGAAGUCGGCUCAGAGGUGAUUCCGAAACCGAAAAACAACAUCCAAAAAAAAAAAAGCGCCCUGGAUAGUCGAUACCGUAGACAUAGCUGAAGUGUGCCCCCCUCCCGCCACGCCCAAGCAGUCCUCUCCCGUGCAUUAACACCCCCUCCCCCCCAAAGGAACGAUGGAGGCCGCGCCCGGGACCCCCCCGCCGCCGCCAUCAGAGUCGCCGCCGCUGCCGCCGCCGCCAUCGCCACCGCCGUCGCCGCCGCCAUCAACGCCUUCGCCGCCUCCGUGUUCCCCCGACGGCCGCGCGGCCACCCCGCACCUCCUCCACCACCGCCUCCCGCUCCCUGACGACAGGGAAGAUGGUGAGUUGGAAGAGGGCGAACUGGAAGAUGAUGGGGCUGAGGAGACCCAGGAUGCCCCUGGUGGACAAGAGCGGAGUCGGAAAGAAAAGGGGGAGAAGCACCACAGCGAUUCGGAUGAGGAGAAGUCUCACCGGAGACUGAAGCGGAAGCGGAAGAAGGAGCGGGAGAAGGAGAAGCGGAGGUCAAAGAAGAGGCGGAAAUCCAAGCACAAACGCCAUGCUUCUUCCAGUGAUGAUUUCUCGGACUUCUCAGAUGACUCCGAUUUCAGCCCCAGUGAGAAGAGUCACCGCAAGUACCGCGACUAUAGCCCGCCAUACGCACCGUCCCACCAGCAGUACUCCUCAUCACACAACACGCCCCUGCCCAAGAAGUCCUACUCCAAGAUGGAUAGCAAGAGCUACAGCAUGUACGAGGACUACGAGAAUGAGCAGUAUGGGGAGUAUGAGGGAGAUGAAGAGGAGGACAUGGGCAAGGAAGACUAUGACGACUUCACCAAAGAGCUGAACCAGUACCGGCGUGCCAAGGAGGGCAGCCGGGGCCGAGGUAGCCGAGGCCGGGGCAGGGGCUACAGGGGCCGUGGAAGCCGAGGAGGAUCUCGAGGCCGAGGAAUGGGCAGGGGCAGCCGAGGCCGGGGCAGAGGCUCUGUGGGAGAGCACCCAGAGGAUGAAGAAGACUUGUACGAGGAGGAGAUGGAAUAUGGAGAGAGCGAGGAGCCCAUGGGAGAUGAUGACUACGAUGAGUACUCCAAGGAGCUGAACCAGUACCGCAGGUCCAAGGACAGCCGAGGCCGAGGCUUAAGUCGAGGCCGAGGCCGGGGUUCCCGAGGAGGCCGAGGGAAGGGGAUGGGCCGGGGCCGAGGUCGAGGCGGCAGAGGGGGAAUGAGCAAGGGCGGGAUGAACGAUGACGAAGACUUCUACGAUGAUGACAUGGGCGAUGGCGGGGGUGGAAGCUACCGGCGGAGUGACCAUGACAAGCCCCACCAGCAGUCUGAUAAGAAAGGCAAAGUCAUCUGCAAGUACUUCGUGGAGGGGCGAUGCACUUGGGGAGACCACUGCAAUUUCAGCCACGACAUCGAACUGCCGAAGAAGCGAGAGCUGUGCAAGUUUUACAUCACGGGGUUCUGUGCCCGGGCUGAGAACUGCCCCUACAUGCAUGGGGACUUUCCCUGUAAGUUAUACCACACCACUGGGAACUGCAUCAACGGUGACGACUGCAUGUUCUCCCAUGACCCGCUGACCGAGGAGACCCGAGAACUCUUAGAUAAGAUGCUGGCUGAUGACGCAGAAGCAGGGGCUGAGGACGAGAAGGAGGUGGAAGAGCUGAAGAAGCAGGGCAUCAACCCCUUGCCCAAGCCACCUCCUGGCGUGGGGCUCCUGCCCACCCCUCCCAGGCCCCCUGGGCCCCCAGCUCCCACCUCUCCUAAUGGCAGGCCCAUGCAGGGUGGCCCUCCUCCCCCACCCCCGCCCCCUCCUCCUCCUCCUGGCCCUCCUCAAAUGGCCCUGCCGGCACAUGAGCCACUGUCCCCGCAGCAGCUGCAGCAGGACAUGUACAACAAGAAGAUCCCGUCUUUGUUUGAGAUUGUGGUGCGGCCCACAGGGCAGCUAGCAGAGAAGUUGGGUGUGAGGUUCCCUGGACCUGGUGGACCCUCAGGGCCAAUGGGUCCUGGCCCCAACAUGGGACCCCCAGGGCCAAUGGGGGGACCCAUGCAUCCUGACAUGCACCCUGACAUGCACCCUGACAUGCACCCAGAUAUGCACCCCGAUAUGCAUCCUGACAUGCACCCUGACAUGCACCCCGACAUGCAUCCCGACAUGCCAAUGGGUCCUGCCAUGAACCCUGGCCCUCCCAUGGGUCCUGGUGGCCCCCCGAUGAUGCCCUAUGGUCCUGGAGACUCCCCACACUCGGGAAUGAUGCCUCCCAUCCCGCCAGUCCAAAACUUCUACGAGAACUUCUACCCGCAGCAAGAAGGCAUGGAAAUGGAGCCGGGGCUCGUUGGGGAUACAGAGGACUACGGGCACUACGAAGAGCUGCCGGGGCAGCCUGGGGAGCCCCUCUUCCCCGAGCACCCUCUGGAGCCCGACAGCUUCCCCGAGGGAGGGCCCCCAGGCCGGCUGAAAGCGGGCGCCGGUGUCCCCGACUUCCUGCCCUCGGCCCAGAGGGCCCUGUACCUGAGGAUCCAGCAGAAGCAGCAGGAGGAGGAGAGAGCGAGGAGGCUGGCUGAGAGCAGCAAGCAGGACCGGGAGAAUGAGGAAGGUGACACCGGAAACUGGUACUCAAGUGACGAGGACGAGGGGGGAAGCAGUGUCACAUCCAUCCUCAAGACCUUGAGGCAACAGACGUCAAGCCGACCCCAGGCUGCAGUUGGGGAACCGAGCGGCAGUGGACUGGGGGAUCCCCGCCUGCAGAAGGGACACCCCACAGGAGGCCGGCUGGCUGACCCCCGCCUCAGCCGUGACCCCAGACUCAGCCGCCAUGCAGAGACUUCAGGGGGCACUGGCCCAGGGGACUCGGGGCCCUCUGACCCUCGGUUGGCUCGUGCCCUGCCCACCUCCAAGACGGAAGGCAGCCUUCAUUCCAGCCCUGCAGGCCCCAGCAGUUCCAAAGGACAGACCCCUGCAGAGGAGGAGGAGGGGGAGCGGGCCUUGCGCGAGAAGGCUGUGAGCAUCCCCCUGGACCCCCUGCCUGGGCACCCACUGCGGGACCCCCGCUCUCAGCUGCAGCAGUUCAGUCACAUCAAGAAGGACGUGACCCUGAGCAAGCCGAGCUUCGCCCGCACUGUGCUCUGGAACCCUGAGGACCUAAUCCCCCUGCCCAUCCCCAAGCAGGACGUGCCCCCGGUGCCUGCUGCCCUGCAGUCCUUGCCCGCCCUGGACCCCAGGCUGCACCGCUCCACACCCCCUGGACCCCCCAACACCCGGCAGCGUCCUGGCUCCACAGACCCCAGCACAUCUGGCUCUAACCUACCCGACUUUGAACUCCUCUCUCGAAUCCUCAAGACUGUCAACGUCAACACCCCUGGCCAGAGUGACAAACCCAGCGACCCCAGGGUGCGGAAGACCCCGACUGACCCCAGAUUACAGAAGUCCGCAGACCCUGCGGCAGCAUCCCGUGCAGCCAAGCCCUGUCCCACCGAAGCCUCACCUCCUGCCGCCAGCCCAAGUGGAGACUCGUCCCCGCCGGCCACAGCCCCCUAUGACCCCCGAGUGCUGGCAGCUGGUGGCCUGGGCCAGGGCAGCAGCAGCGGGCAGAGCAGUGUGCUGAGUGGCAUCAGCUUGUAUGACCCAAGGACUCCCAAUGCAGGUGGCAAAGCUGCAGAGCCCGCCUCCGACACGAGCGCUCAGCCCAAGGGUCCCGAGGGCAAUGGCAAGAGCUCCGCCUCCAAGGCAAAGGAGCCCCCGUUUGUCCGCAAGUCUGCGCUGGAGCAGCCAGAGACGGGGAAGGCCAGCGCAGAUGGGGCCGCAGCCACGGACAGAUACAACAGCUACAACCGGCCCCGGCCCAAGGCCUCUGCAGCCCCCGCUGCUGCCUCGUCCACCCCGCCCCCCGAGGGGGCCACACCCCAGCCCGGGGUGCACAACCUGCCAGUGCCCACCCUCUUUGGGACUGUGAAGCCAGCCCCCAAAACAGGCACAGGAAGCCCAUUUGCUGGCAACAGCCCUGCCCGGGAGGGUGAGCAGGAUGCGGGGUCCCUGAAGGACGUUUUUAAAGGCUUUGACCCCACAGCUUCCCCCUUUUGCCAGUAGUGUCUGUGGGGGCCAGUGCUCCCUCCACUCCACCACCCUUCCAGGGUGACAUUUAAGGGCAGCAACCAGAGUUACGGGUGGGGGGCAGGCAGGGUGUUCUUUCUUUACAUUUUUCUUCCCUUUUCCCCUUUUGAGUAGUACUUUCUUUGAGUCAUAAAUUGUAUCUAACCGUCUUGGGUUCUGGUCAGUGCUGCAGGCUCCUGGGCUCCCUCUGCCCAGUGAGCAACUUGUACCCUGCCUUGGACAGUAGCAAGUUCCCAGCCCGGGGCUUCCCUGGAACUAAGGAAAGCGGAAGCGUCUGGGAGGCACUGAAGGCCACUCACCCUGUGCUGCUGGGAGAGACAGACACGUGGUGUGGAAGCUGGUGUCGGAGUUUCCAGAGCCCCGGGUGAGCUGUCCUCUCUUCAGCACGCAGCCUGUGACAGCCUGCUUCAGGACACAGCAGCGGUGAUGAGAAAAUGUCACACGGAGAGAAAGGUCCUGGCAGCCCCCGGCCCUGACCUGCUUGGGCCUGUGCAUCCCUCAUCCUCCGUCCAGGGUUUGUCCUGAAAGUGACGCCCUCCAGCCCUCCAGGAGACUCUGGGUGAGACAGACCUCAGGCAGCAAGCCUGAGACGGUGGGGCCGCCCUCAGAGCGCUCUCCUCAGUAUUACCUGUCCAGGGCCACUGGCCUGACCCUCGCGACAGCUCAAGGAUCCGUGGUGUGGCCACCGGCCAGACUCCCGAGGCGGGAGGCCGGCGUGGCCCUGGCCAAGUGUCUGCUAGCUGCUUUCAUGCGCCUUAGCCGUGUUAUCUGUAGAGUACCAGAUAGUGUUUGCUUCCCCUCCCGAGCUGACAGAAGCACGGCAUCAGCGGUCUGUGGUGGUGGUGCAAGAGUGGGCGCUUGCUUCCCAGAGGGGCUGAGCAGACAGUCGAGUCGAGCUGGGCCAGAGUGGUGUGUCGGUCCUUUCUAGGAAAGGGACUUGGGGUGGGGAGGUGUAAGGCAUCUGCCAGAUCCCAGGCAGCGGAGGCAUUUCCACAGCCUCCCCCACUAACCACCUUAGGACUGGCCUUGUCCAGAGCCUCAGGGGAGACUUCCUGUGACCAUUCCCCAAGACUGGGUCAGGGAACUGGGUAAGACCCGCAGGCCUCUGUGCCUCUGGGUCACUUGCCAGGCCCUAGAGUCUGCUUUCCUGCAGCCUGCCUUUUCUAUAUUGGGUCUCUCGGCCCCACACACAGCCAGUGGAUCUCCUCCACCUCGGGGAGACAGGUUCCCACAUCCCCCAUCCACCGCCACCCUCUCCAUCCCACCCCGUAUACCCUCCGCAGCCCAAAGAGAAAUCCCUUCAAAACAUUUUGGGGCCUGAAGCCAGGGUGGGAGGGGCUUGUGCCCCACAGGGCUAACACCCUGUGGGGUCAGUGCACCAAGAUCAGGUUGGUUUUGUUUGUCUUUGUGUUUUUUAUUUUGUUUUGUUUUCUUAAACAAUCAUCAAUGAGAUUUGUCUUUGGACUCCAGCCUUGACCUCCAAGACUGGGACCGUGGUAAAUGUAGGAUAGGGAGAGUACAGUGUGGCAGUGUUUGGAGCCCCCCACCCCCUGGAAAAUUCUCUUCUGUAAAAGCCAGGCUUGGAAGUGCAGACCUGUCAUCCCAGCACUCAGGAGGCGGAGGCAGGAGGAUCACGAAUUCAAAGCCAGCCUGGUCUACAUUAGAAAAAGAAAAGUUUUCUUUUGUUAAAGAAAAGUUAAAUGAAUUUUGAAAUCUAUGAAAUCUGUGGGUGAGACGGACUCUGGAGCCCUUGUCUUGGAAUAGUUUAGCCGAAGCCCCUCGUGGGACAAGGAACUCCGCUUGAAUCUCCACUCGCCAUCAGGCCACGCUUUUAAAGAAAAAAUGUUCUCUAACCAGGAUUGUAACAAAAGUGUAAAUAGUAUUUCUGAGUUGAAAGUCGAUGGUGCAAAUAUGUAUAUAACGUACUGUAUUUUUACAAUGAUCGUCGCAUGGCUCUCCCUCCCCUUUUGUACUCAGUCUCUGUCUUCCAGAAACCUCACCUGCCUUCUCUCAUGUGGUCUCUUAAUCCAGUAAUUGUAUUACUGCCAUUAAAGGAUGCAGUUAUUUUAAA